UUCAUGAUCAGUUACCACUUCCAUGAUCUCUCUCUCUCUCUCUCUCUCAGAGUAACUUUCAGGAGCUAAAGGAAUCUCAGGCUUUUAGUUUUUUUUUUUCUCCACCAUAAGAACCUCAUCAAAAAUCCAUAAUCAAGUGGGUGGCCCUUCUUCUUUCUCGUUUUGUUAUCUACUGCUAAAAUUGCUUCCUUUUCUUCCUUUAACAGAGUAAUCUUACAUUCCUCUUUUGUCUUCCUAAAUUUCACCUUAAAUUCCUCUGCUUUUUCUUUCUUCUUGCAGUUCAGCCUCUUCUGAACUGAAUCAUAAUGUUUUCCUCUGCUACUUUUCUUUCUCAUUUUCCCUCUAUCAACUGUUUAUUAGGAUCACAAUGAUGCGUCUGCCCCUUUCCUAAGUCUACCUGUUUCUUAUUCCUCGAAUCCAAGAUUCUUUGUUCUCGUUCCCUUUCCUAGAACUUUCCUAAGUAGAAAAGGAUCAGUCUCUUUGGCUUUUUCUCUUUAACUUUCAAAGUUUAAAGCUUUAGUUGGCAUAUCAGAUGUGGAUAAUGGCGUUUUAACUAGUAUAUUUGCUCUCAUUUCUUCAACUCCUCCUGAAUUCUUGAAUUCUCCAUGUUUUAUUGUUAAGAAGUUCAAAACCUGAACUGGGUUUUACAUAUUCUAGCCAAAAAUGCCACCUUCACACUUCCCUCUUAGGUGGGAAAGCACCGGAGACCAAUGGUGGUAUGCAUCGCCAAUUGAUUUUGCGGCAGCCAACGGUCACUAUGACUUGGUGAGGGAGCUACUCUACCUUGACACUAAUCUCCUCAUUAAACUCACUUCCCUUCGCAGAAUUCGCCGCCUUGAAACCGUGUGGGACGACGAGGAACAAUUCAGUGAUGUUGCCAAUUGCCGUGCUUUCGUGGCUAAGAAGCUUCUCAUAGAAUGUGAAACAAAGAGAGGUUAUAACACUCUCGUUAGAGGUGGCUAUGGUGGUUGGCUCCUGUACACUGCUGCCUCAGCUGGUGAUGUGAACUUCAUCAAGGAAUUGUUGAAGAGAGACCCCCUUCUUGUUUUUGGAGAAGGAGAAUAUGGUGUUACUGAUAUACUUUAUGCUGCAGCCAGGAGCAAGAAUUCUGAUGUUUUCAGGCUCCUGCUUGAUUUUUCUAUUUCAAGGAGUUGUGUUCUUAACUCUGAAAAAGAGUUGGAGCAGCAGCUGGGUGAGAAUUAUUCAGAGUUUAAGCAGGAGAUGAUGAAUAGAGCUGUUCAUGCUGCUGCUAGAGGUGGCAAUUUGGAGAUAUUGAAGGAGCUUCUUGGAGAUUGCCCUGAUGUUUUUAUUUAUAGAGAUGCUCAAGGAUCCACUAUCUUGCAUAGUGCCUCAGGCAGAGGACAGGUUGAGGUAGUUAAGGAUCUGAUAGCAUCCUUCAGCUUUAUCACAUCCACAGAUUAUCAAGGAAACACGGCGUUACAUGUAGCUGCUUACAGGGGAUAUUUAUCUGUGGUGGAGGUUCUGAUACACGCAUCUCCCUCAUUAAUCUCCAUAACAAACAAGUAUGGAGAUACUUUUCUCCAUAUGGCAGUGUCAGGUUUUCGAACUCCAGGUUUCCACAGAGUAGAUAGGCAGAUAGAGCUGAUGAAGCAGUUAGUAGGGGGUAAGAUCAUAAACAUCCAAGAGAUCAUCAAUGUGAGGAACAAUGAUGGAAGAACAGUCCUUCAUUUGGCUGUGAUUGAGAAUAUUCAAUCUAAUUUGGUGGAACUUCUCAUGACUGUACCAUUAAUUAACUUAAAUAUUCGUGAUGCUGAUAGCAUGACUCCACUAGAUCUCCUCAAGCAACGGCCGAGAACAGCCUCUUCUGAAAUUCUAAUCAAGCAGUUGAUUUCAGCUGGAGGGAUGUCUAAUUGUCAGGAUAAUGUGGCUAGAAGUGCUAUUGCUUUCCAUUUAAGAGGGCAGGGUAUAGGAUGCAGUCCUGGCACUUCUUUCAGAAUUCCUGAUGCAGAGAUAUUCUUGUAUACUGGUAUUGAAAAUGAAUCUGAUGCGAGUUGUGAGGUAACAAGUGUAGAUUACAGUUCGUGCUUGAGUGAAGUGAGCGAAUUCGGCACAGCUAAUUCGGUGAAUAAUAAAAAGCCAGCUUCUCUAAAUAAUGCAGCAAGGCAUCUAAAGUCUCUUCUCCAGUGGCCUAAGAAAAAAGAGAAAAAAGCUGUUAGUGCAGGGUUGACAGAUGAUGAUUCUUUAUACUCCUUUAAUUUAUCCAGAAGUUUGGAAGACCGACCGAUAACACUUAGGCAGAGAUACUCAAAACUGUCAUGCCUUUCAAGCAACAAAAGGGCAUUUUCUUCCAGAAGUAGUCUUCCCAGUCCAUCAGCCAGAAAGAAGUUUACUGCCGGGCUAACGCAUGGUGUCAUUCAGGCAAUGCCACAUUUAGCUGUUUCAGUUGAAUCACCUUCAAGUCCUCUUUCAGUAUCAUCCAUGGCUUCACCUGCUUCGGUGGAUAAAGAAAAGGGUAUUGAUAUUGCAGGCCCCUCGAGCUUGAAUCCAUCUCUGAAGCAUAAACCGCCCAUCAAUAAGAAGCUGAUGAACCAGUAUUUUUGCUUUGGCGCACAAGGUGUGGCUGUAGAAAAUUCUGUAAGUUAUUCACAAAAAAAAAGGAGUUACAAGCAUGCUUCUUCGCUGGUAGCCUGAAUUGAUCAUACAAAAAAUAAACCAAAUCGUGGAGACAUGGCAGAAAUGUACAGUUGUGUGAUGCAAUAUGGUCCUGUUCAUCCUUGUCAGGUUGAUAGUUGGUCUCUGCUAUAGAAAUCUUGUUGUCACAGAAGAUAGUGAUCUUAAAGUUUACCAAAUACUCUGCUAUUCUGUAACCUGGGAUGCCUUCUGAUUAGGCUAAAGCUUUAGGUUAAUUACCCAGUGAUAGAAUGAGUGGACUUGCAAAUCAUAUUCUUAGCCAGCGGAGGCAUGCUCUAAAUGCAAUCUUUGAAAAACUGAUACUUUAGUUGAUUGAGAAAAUCAGAGUUUUGGAUAAUUUUAAAACUUUUUCUUGUUAUUGUAACAGCGUCAGCUGCUAUGCUAUAUCCACCACCAACAGAAAAAUAUUCUAAUGGAUUUUUUCACUUGCUCCA